AUGUCCGGCGGCGUACGUUCUUCUCAGCCGCCAUCUUCAUCUAACCCUGUGGUCCCACCCAUACGUCGACACUUGGCGUUUGCCUCAACGAAACCGCCGUUUCACCACUCCGAUUACCGUCGAUUCACUAACAGCGAUAGUAGCUGCGGAAGCGUAGAUCGGGAGGAGGACGCCUUCGUUUUAAGAUCUCCUUCACGGAAGAGAAAGUCGAUGAUGGAUGUGGUUACUACUACUUCUUAUAGUAAUGGAUUCACGAGCUCUGGUUCCUCUAGCAUAUACAACAGUUCCUGUCACACUCCUGUUUCAGCUAAAGGAGGCAGAGUCAACGCUAAGUCAAAGGCUAAAGAGACUCUGUCACUUCCUCAAACACCCAUCUCAAAUGCUGUUGUAGGUUCUCCUGUCACACUAACUCCUUCUGGAAGUUGCCGUUAUGACAGUUCUUUAGGUCUCCUUACGAAAAAGUUUGUCAAUCUAAUUAAACAAUCUAAAGAUGGAACGCUGGACCUAAACCAAGCUGCAGAAACAUUGGGGGUGCAGAAACGACGUAUAUACGAUAUUACUAACGUUUUGGAGGGGAUUGGUCUCAUUGAAAAGCCUUUCAAGAACCGAAUUCUUUGGAAGGGAGUUGAUGAUUCGAGCCCUGGCGAUAUGGAUGCUGAUGUAUCUGUCUUACAGACAGAAAUUGAAAACCUUAACCUCGAGGAGCAAGCGCUAGAUAACCAAAUCAGAGAAAUGGAGGAAAGACUAAGGGAUCUUAGCGAAAAGGAAAAGAACCAGAAGUGGCUGUUUGUAACCGAAGAGGACAUCAAGAGUUUACCGGGUUUCCAGAACCAAACUCUGAUAGCCGUCAAAGCACCUCAUGGCACAACUUUGGAAGUCCCUGAUCCAGAUGAAGCGGGUGACCUCCCCCAGAGGAGAUACAGGAUCAUUCUUAGAAGUACAAUGGGACCUAUUGACGUUUACCUUGUCAGCGAAUUUGAGGAUACGAAUGGGAGUGUUGCACCACCAGCAUGCUUGCCGCCUAUUGCUUCUUGCUCAGGAUCUACAGAAAACCAUGACAUUGAAGCCUUAACUGUUUAUAACACAGAAACUACCAUUGAGCAUCAGAUGUCUCAAGUUCAUGCACAUGCUCAACCCGGCGACACCUCUGAUCUUAAUACCUUGCAGGAGCAAGUUGGAGGAAUGCUUAAGAUUACCCCCUCUAACAUCGAAAAUGAUGAUACAGACUACUGGCUUCUCUCCAAUGCUGAAAUUAGCAUGACGGACAUUUGGAACGCCGACUCUGGUAUAGAUUGGGAUUAUGGAGUAGCUGACGUGAGUAGUCCACCACCGGUAAUGGAUGAAGAAAUAGCCGCAGCAGCUAUUGACUCCACACCAAGAUGA